AUGAUCAUGAAGAUAUCUAUGGCCAUGUGCAAACAGCCAUUGCCUCUGUCUCCGGCGUUAGACUUCCCUCCGGCGAGAUUUGGUCCCAAUAUGCUAACUCUAAACCCAUACGGUCCAAGGGACAAAGUCGUGGUCAUCAUGGGUGCUACCGGAACAGGCAAGUCACGACUCUCCGUUGAUCUAGCCACACGUUUUCCGGCCGAGAUCAUUAACUCCGACAAGAUCCAAGUCCACCAAGGUCUCGACAUUGUCACCAACAAGAUCACGACGGAGGAGAGCUGCGGUGUACCGCACCAUCUCCUCGGCGUCUUGCCGCCUGAAGCCGACUUAACUGCCUCGAAUUUCCGCCACAUGGCGAAUUCCUCUGUUGAAUCUGUCCUAAGUCGUGGAAAGCUUCCAAUAAUCGUUGGAGGUUCCAACUCUUACGUUGAGGCUCUUGUGGACGACGAAGACUACAAAUUCCGGUCGAGAUACGACUGUUGCUUCCUAUGGGUCGAUGUGGCACUCCCCGUUUUGCACGGGUUUGUCUCUGAGAGAGUUGAUAAGAUGGUGGAAAACGGAAUGGUUGACGAAGUUAGAGAAGUUUUUGACUUAUCGGAUUCGGAUUACUCGAGAGGGAUCAAGAAAGCGAUCGGAGUUCCAGAGUUUGACACGUUUUUUAGAAACGAACCGUUCUUGAACGUGAGAGACAGAGAAGAACUAUUGAGUAAAGUUGUUGAGGAAAUAAAGAGGAACACUUUUGGAUUAGCUUGCAAACAGAGAGAAAAGAUCGAACGGUUGAGAAAAGUCAAGAAGUGGUGCAUUCAAAGAUUAGAUGCGACUCCGGUUUUCACGAGACGGAGGUUGAAGGCGGAUGCUGACGUGGCGUGGGAGAGGCUCGUGGCCGGACCAAGCACCGAUGCUGUGUCGCGGUUCUUGCUCGACAUUGCCAGCCGUAGACCGCUGGUUGAAGCGUCAACCGCGGCUGUGGCGGUUGCGGCGGCAAUGGAACGCGAGAUGUCGCGGUGUCUAGUGGCUUGA